ACACCUCAGACUGUGGCAAGGUAAAGUAUGGUAAAGUGCAGCUGAGAAGCGAGUGCAGUCACCGUGUGAAAUGGCGUACGUGAUCGAUUUUAUCAAUGUUUUGUGUUAUUGAAAACCGGUGGUGUUGUGUUGCGACGAUGCUCAAAAUGUGCCGCGAUCGAAAAUAUUCGUGAAAUUCAGUGCGUGCAAUAAUUCCGGCACAAAAUAGGGAAUCUUGCGGUAAACGAAAGGCAGCUUGGAUCUCACUUCUGCUGCCUGACGACCAUAAUAAAUUGGCCUAAUGUUAUGGGGUGUUUUGGAAGUGCGAGCUCAAAAGCGGACCAUGAAGAAAGUAAAAAAGGGAAGGAGACUAAUAAGAAGAUCAAUCAACAGCUACAGAAAGACAAGCAAAUCUACAGAGCAACACACAGACUUUUACUACUAGGUGCUGGUGAAUCCGGCAAAAGCACAAUUGUCAAGCAAAUGAGGAUAUUGCACGUUAAUGGAUUUAGUGAAGAAGAGAAAAAACAAAAAAUAGAGGAUAUUAAAAAAAAUAUUAGAGAUGCAAUUUUGACAAUUACUGGUGCCAUGAGCACGCUAACUCCACCAAUACCCCUAGAAAAUCCUGAUAAUCAAAGUCUAGUGGACUACAUCCAAGAUGUAGCUUCGCAGCACAAUUUUAAUUACCCUCCCAAAUUUUAUGAAUAUACUGAAAUUCUUUGGAAAGAUCGAGGGGUCCAAGCCUGCUUUGAGCGAUCCAAUGAAUACCAACUAAUAGACUGCGCUAAGUAUUUUCUGGACAGAGUUCAUGUAAUUAAAGAACCUAACUAUACGCCUUCAGAGCAGGAUAUUCUUAGGUGUCGUGUCCUUACAUCUGGUAUCUUCGAAACAAGAUUUCAGGUGGAAAAAGUCAAUUUCCAUAUGUUUGAUGUUGGUGGCCAACGAGAUGAAAGGCGGAAGUGGAUACAGUGUUUUAAUGAUGUCACAGCAAUCAUAUUUGUCACAGCCUGUAGUAGCUAUAAUAUGGUGCUUCGUGAAGAUCCUACUCAAAAUAGACUUCGAGAAUCCUUGGACUUGUUUAAAAGCAUUUGGAAUAACAGAUGGCUAAGAACGAUAUCAGUUAUAUUGUUUUUAAAUAAACAAGAUUUAUUAGCAGAAAAAAUUAAGGCUGGGAAAUCUCGGCUUGAAGAUUAUUUCUCUGAGUUCACGCGUUAUCAGACACCUUUAGAUGCUACUCCAGAUCCUGGUGAAGAGCCGCAAGUCAUUCGAGCAAAGUACUUCAUUCGUGAUGAGUUCCUGCGCAUCAGCACAGCUAGUGGAGACGGAAAACACUAUUGCUACCCUCAUUUUACUUGUGCUGUAGACACUGAAAACAUUCGUAGAGUGUUUAAUGAUUGUCGCGACAUAAUUCAGCGUAUGCAUCUUCGCCAAUACGAGCUAUUGUGAUUAUCCCCAGGCCCAGGCCUCUUCCCACUAAAUAUCUUUCGUAAGUAUAUUUAUGUAUAUUUGUUUGUAUAUGAAUGCAGGAGCAUAUUUGUAUGUACAGAUAUUUUGUUAACUAUGCACGCACCUAUACGAAUAUUUCAAUGUAUUCAUACUUAAAUGCAUACAUGUCGUUUGUAUGUAUAAUGUUUAUAUUACAUUUAAUCUUGUAUAUAAUUCUCCUUGUCACUUUCUCUUUUCUCUGGAAUUUCUUUACCGAAAUCAUAAUUUUGGUCUUGCAUUGUCUAUUCAUUGUCGCCCAGUCUGUGCUUGGUGUUGAUAAAGCACAGAAAAAUUAUUGCAAUUUCCAGCCGGUAGAGCUAUUCUAUCAACGUCUGAUCAAUUCUUUUAUUCCCAUUCUCAAUGUAAUGCUAACAAGUAUAAGAUUAGUUGCUAACAGUCUUAUUAUAUUAAAUUGCUGAUCGCUAGUAUUAUUCGCAUAAGCUGAAUUUCACGUACAGAUUUUUAACCAUCAUCCAUUGUAUUCCCAUCAUCAUUUUACAUUUUUAUCUCCAAAAUGUUACUCUGCUUUUUCAUUUUGGUAUUUUCUCUUCUUUUUACUCCUGUUUUUUUUUCCUGUCUAAUCUGUAGAUAGUUCAUAUAUUAUUUAUUUUUGUUAUAUAUUUUUUAAUCUAACACUUUUUAUAGAGUUACCAUUGUCUAAGGCGUUAAUUUCUUUUCUCUCUUUUUCACCUCUGUAUAGUGUUGUUUAUUUAUUAAUUGAUUUUUCUUUUGUUUUCUGAUUGUUGUCUACUUUUACUUUUUUGUUUAAGCUCAGAAAAUAGCAGCAGCUUUAAGUUUUCAAACUGAAAUAAGUGAAGAGAUUUGCAUGUAGUUGUACUUUUUUAAAAUUCAUUCAAACAAGCUCCAAAUUAUAUUGAAAAUCAAAAGAAAGGUUUCCCUCACAAAUGAGCUAUUAAAUGAAUCAUUUUAACAAGCAUUCAAGCUCUACUUAAUUUCAUUUGUUUUCCUAAACAAUGCCAAGCAUUCAUGCAAUCAAUAAAAUUUAAAUGGCAUUUAGGGCACUUUUAUGCACACAUUUGUAGGUUCAUCAAAUUGAGAUAGGAACUCAAAUGGCAAAUGAUAUAAUGUGAUCGUAGUGGCGUUUUCAACUAGUGUUGCCCCUCUUUAAAAAUUGUUUUAAUGCCUGUACCACAAGUCUAUAGCAGAAAUUAUAAAGGGUUAAAGGCUGUGUCUAUACAGGCAACGAGACAAUUGCAUGAAAUUACAAGGAGACAUGAGUAUAUUUCAACCGUGUGCACAACCUGUUUUCCAAAAGUGAGUGAGUAUGACUCAUUCUUCACAGAAGCGCUUUACUGCAAAUAUUGUGUUGCAGCCGCAAAAAGAACAAUUUUUAAAAUAUCAUGGGCAACUUUGAAAUAAACGUGUGCAUAUUAGAAGCCUUACUGUCAUUUUAAUUUAUUUGUGGACCCAAGCUAGAUAUAGAGACCUUGCUAAGGCACUCCAGUGUUUAAAGGCAGAGCUCCUAGUAAUUGUGUGAUUAUUUCCCCUAAUAAAUUCAGAUCCUAAAUGAUUCAUCUAGUCUCUGGUAAAAUUAUUACUUUCAGAACUACUCUUUUAACAUUGCUGUGACAUUUUGUACUUGUGUGGCUCAUUGCGAAUUUUCCAACUAGUUGGCAGUACUAUACUUGUUGCUUCGAGAGCGAAUGAAGAGGGUACCCCUUUAAAGUAUCUUAAAAGAAUUAUCAUUAUUCUGAUCAGUGCAUGUACGCAAAUGACAAAUCUCAUUCACCAUUGUCAUCUCUAAAACCUCUUGAAAAAGGUCUGUGAAUUUUAUCUGAACUAAGGCACAAAUUAAUGUUAACUAACGAAACCAAAUUCAAUUUUUCCCCUUUUUCUACCAUAUUAUAUUUUUUUUGCCUUCAAAUGUACCUCUCCUUUCUACCUCUGUUUUCAAUGCUCCAAAGAAAAAAAAUGGUCAAACAAUGUGUUGAAAUUUUAAUAUCGUGCAGUUUAUCUUAUUGAGACACAUAAGCCCACGCCUCUCCUUGUACUGAUUUGUAUCCAAAAUCAUGUAAUUUUAAGUUAUACUUUCAUUCUUUUUUCCUUAUUUAUAGCUCAGUAAGUUACUUAUGCAAAUGGAUUCAUUCUUUAAGAUCUAGUCGCAAAAAAUUUAUCUUUUCUAGCUUUUUUCUAAUCCAUGUAGAGAUAUGUAAUGACGAUCAUAUUAUCCUCUUUCUUGCUUAUUUUAUCUACUUCAUCGUCGAUUUUCAGCUUUUCUUUCAAUAUUUAUGUAGUCUCUCUUUUCUUGAAAUAACAAAGAGCAUAAAGCAAAAAUUUCAGCUUUUUUUUUUGUAAUAAAAGAUCCGGAAUUAUUUCAAUACCAAAAAAUUUCAAUUUGUCAUACAUUGAAUGCAUUUACGUAAAAGAAGUUCAUUUGCCGCAGUACCUCUGUGCAGAUAAACAUUUUUUAAGCGUAUAGGUAUCGGACUAUGUGACCUAAUUUUCAACAGCAAUUCUCUUUUGAAAAUUAACGUCUCCGAUGUUUUGUAACUCUUGUUUUUGAUGAGAACUUUUACUGUUAGGAUUUUCAAUACAUUUUGGGUAUUAUUUCAUUAUAUCAUAGUACUCGUACACCUAUACCUAAUGCAUCAUCAUUGCCGCUCUUCUAAUACUUUUAACUGUCUCAUCAUCAAUUGUCAUACAAAUUUUUGUGACUCAUCCAGCAAUUAUGGGCAUUGGCUUCAACUGGAACAAAUGAUUGAAUCAGAACCAUCACUCGAUAAAUAAGUUAACCGCGAGUUGCACAGGAACUAGAGUUCAAUUCAGAUUUUAUGAAUGAAUCAAUUCAUCGGUGAAGAAACAAGAACUGAUUUUGCUACUUGAAUAAUUUGUACUUCCCUCGCUAGAUCUUUGCAAGGAAAAGAAAAACUUGAGGUGUUUUACUUAAAUUUAAACAAAUUUCCAAAUGGGUAAAUUUUUAUUUCACCUUGCAACAUUAGGCCUUGUAAAUAAUUAUCCUUCCAUAUUUCUGGAGCUUUAAAGGUCACUACACCAUGACAAAAUCUUCUUGAGACAAUAGUAGUUGCCAAUGAUAUCAAAUAAUAUAGAGUGAAUUAGUUUUCUAGUUCAAAAGGUCAGGAUGACAGGAAAUGUCCUGCUCAAAAUUCAAAUCUAGUUUUUUAUCAGACAAUUAAAUGCUUCAAUUUUAAAAUUCAGUCGCCGAAUAGAUAGGAGAGGACAUUUUCUAUCCCAGCUAACUGGUGAUAAAGUUUUGAGACAUUGGAAUUUAUACUAGUUAUUCAUAAUUGUACAUGAAUGAAGAAAUUGUGAAGGUCUAUGAAUUUCAUAGAUCUUCAUUAUUUCUUGGCUCUUUCAAAAGUUUUGUGCCAUGAAGUUAUGCGCCCAAAUUGCUUGAUACUUUCCAAGUACAUAUGUAUCAUUGAAAAAUUUAGAUUUUCUUCAGACUUUCAAUUAUCAUUAUAAUAGUAAACAUGUGCUCUUUUAAAUUUACUGCUUAUGUGUUUUCUUUAUUUUAUUUCUCGCCUAUUCUUUUUCUCAUUUACCUUUUCUUUGACACCAGUCACCUUUGCUGAAACAAAGUUUUUUGAUGGACAAGUGUUUGCAGUGUGAUGCAUAGGUAUUUUUCUGAUUUUUUAAAUAUUUUUCUAGUUAUAGUUCUCAUUGAAUUGGAAAGUUUUCAAAAAUCCUCUCAUCGGUUCAAAAUUAAACUUUAUCAAUUGGUGUAGUCAUUUAAUUUCAACCUGUAACUCAUGCUAAUUUGAUCGGUUCUUGCCAUGGCAUUCAUUGCAUUGUUUCAGAAUUACUGUUAUCUGUCUUUACUUUCUACAACUGAUAGUCUGACUUAUCAUCCCUAGUAAUCUUCAAAUAGUACUUUCAAUCAGUAGGUCUUGAUAAAUCAGUCAACAUUUUUGAGAUCUCAGACAGAUUUCAUUUGCUGCUGGAAAAAAAAUAAAACGCCAAUAUAAAGUUUUGUAACAAUGUAUUGGAUACAGAUCGGUUCAAACCAAGUCAACUGGCACCUUGUAGACCAUGUAUUGUUCAUAAAAUGUGCCCUUUACAAAUAAAUGAUAUGAAUCAGUCCUAACGUAUGCUUACUGCUUGAACAAUUCAGACUGAAGAAGAAUGAUAAUUAAAAUUCGCACAGCUGUUAAAUAAUAGCAAUUUUACUAAUUACUUUUUGUCAAUUUUUUCAUGGGAGGAUUAGUUCUCUUCUAUAGUGUUAGGCUUUUAAUCGUUGAAAUCAUUGAAGCAGUGGUUACCAUUUUUUAUCUUUCUGUGUAUUUAUGGAACCUACUUUAUUCCAUCAUAGAUCCGCAGAAACACAAUCAUCACCUGUUCCCCUCCUGAAAAAGUUUUGGAGUCUUGAAGUUAAAUGAGCAACUUUUUUAUUCGCAGAAUAUCAAUCUUAAAAUUAUGAGAUUGUAUAGUAUAUCUUGAUCGCAUCUUCUCUAAUUUAUUUUACUCAUUUUCAAUUUCCUCAAUUUGGGAUUCCAAAAUAUUUGCAUGUGAUUUUUAGUAAAUAUCUUCGAUAGGAUGUAGGAAAAUUCUGAAAUUCCUCCGAAAAAACGAAAAAUUCCUACUUUAUAAAAAUCAAAUUUAAGAAAGUGAAAGAAACAUUUUUUGAGUCACUCCAAUGAUAAAUCCUGUUCUAGCUCUCUCACAUGAACAUCAUUCGAAUUCGCCCUUUUAGUUUUUUGCAGGUUUUAUGUUUAAAUUUUUUUGAAAGGAUACUUAUCUAUUGGGGUCAUCUUGCUGCAAAUCCUUUGCAUACUUUGGUCCAUAGCGUAAUGAACCUCCCAAAAACCCUGUCCCAUCCACAAAUGGUUUUUUGAUCAAUCUCUACCUAAGGACACAAAAAUUCCCCCGCCCAUAAUCUGUUUUCUGUUGUUCAGUACACAAGGAUGGAAAAUGAUAUCAGCAUGUCAUAAUUUCUCAGCUAUAGAAUUUCAAAUCUUAUGUACUAGUUGCACAAAUUCUUUAUUGUAUCAAAGCUAAUUCGAUGUCAUAAGGUACAAAGGAUCUUUUUUUAUAUGUAUGCAUGAAUUACAAUUGAAAUUUGGGCAGAGUUUAAAUUUACCCUGAGCUAGCCCAAAAUUAGUCGGUUGAUUUUUAAUACAUUAAUUAGGGAAGAUUUGCUACCUUCUUUAUUUCAUCAAAAGAUGGUCCAUCAAUUUGGUGCUAGCUUUGUUUCUCUCUCUUGUUGGCAUCUAUGUUUAUUUAGCCCAGUAUUUCUCCAGAUGGGGAGAGGAUCUACAUAAUCACUGUGUAUAAAAAAGAGCCAGUAUGACUCCACUCAUGCUUGACCUAAAUUUCUUACGUUGUAUCAUACAAGUAGUUUAAUUUUUGUGUUUUCUACUCCCAUGAAUUCAUCAAAGGUGCCCAAAGGUCAGAAUUUGCUCAGCCAGGCCAAACUGACCAUUAACUGAACACAGUUAUUCUUUUUUAUUGUUGGUCGAUAUUUCCCUUCGUUUUUCUUCUUUGGCAACAUAACUAACACAUGCCUUAGGUAUCCUUUGAUAUUGCUCUGAUAAUAUGAUGAUUUAAGCAUCCUUUUAAAGUUUGUUUUCCCUCUUAAAAUAUAGCAUUUUUGUUGAGCUAGCUAUCAAAUCUCAAGUCGCAACAAUAGCUUAAUGUUCCUUAAGUCAAAUGACAGGUCUUUCUACCCAUGAAUCCUUCCAGCAUCCAAACUCUAAUUUUCCCAUCGAAAAAUUAUGUCACAUAGCUUGUCUUUUUGCCAGUCAUUUAAGUUAAAAUGAUCAGAAGUUGGUGUAGAAAAUGGCUAUCGUGAAAAAAAAAUGCUUGAGCUUUUACUACUGUUUUUGUGUGUUAGUAAGUCUUUCUUUUAAAGCUCUAAGGAAGUUCUCUUCCAAGGCCUCGAUUACCUCAGCCACAAACAUCAAAAGAUUAAUUUAGUGUAAUUAAAUCUCCUGAAAUCACUUGAAAGGAUUUGGAAAAUGAGACAUUUCUGUUUAGUUUUGUGAAAUAUCAGGUUCUUCUAUGACCUACAAGUAAAAAUUAGUAGAAAAAGAACUUGGACCAGGCAAACUGAUAAACGGAUAGAAAGGUAUUUACUUUCAGAAUAUCUUUAGUUUUUGCCAGAUUCUUCAGUUGUUCUCAAGUUAUGAGCAGAGAGACGUUACUUUUCAACCGGGCCUUGUAUCUGGGCAAAGUGAGAGGCAAAACUAUUUUCCUGUUGAUUUGUCCUGACUGUUUUUAUUUUGGCUCAGUGUCAAUAAAUUGUGGAAAUGAAGAAAGAAUGAAAGAAGAGAAAUUGUCAUGAAAACUGGCCAAAGACUAGCUAAUUCUAGAAGCAGGCUGAUUUGGUCCCUAUGAGAACUUCUAACUCGUAUUGUCGCUCUUUCAGUCAAGUGAUCUUUCAAGUAUUUGUAUCAUGGGCAUGUUGGGUGUACCUCAAUUUCUCAAAUUAGGUAAGAUCCUUUCUCCUUGUGGCCUAUUAAAUGUACAUAUUGGUUUGUAAUGAGUUAUAUUUCAUUCUUGUAGAAGAUCAUUCGAAACUCAAAAAUAUAGCAGGCAGAUCAUGAGAAUAUUGUUUAAACUGUUGAGCAGGUUGUAUGUUCGGUUUAUAAAAAAAAGAAAAAAAAAAUGUAGAAGAAUAAGCUGGAAAUAGAAUUUUGCAUCCUUUCAAAUAAUACGACAAAUAUUCUGUAUUGAAAUUAACUUAUUAUGCAGUGUCAACUGUGAUAAAAAUUAUUGGUAUUGUAGUAUUUAGUUAAAAAGUUGAUCCAGACCUUUAAACCCUUACCUAUGAAGGAAACAGUUAAAAAAAAUUCUGUAAUAGCCACCGGCCAUAAUUCUUCUUUCAAGUGACCAUUCGGCAUCAAAAUUGUUUUUCUUUCCUUCUUCUUCCCUCUUUGGUCUAAUGAAUUGAAUGAUCUUACAAGUCUAAUAGCAUAAUGCUUCAAUGCCCAAAAAUUAUGUUUAGCUCAUGAUUUUGCACUAGCUAAAAUGUCAACAACUUAUCAUCACUGCCUUUGCACUUUCCAUGCUAAUGUUGCUUAAAAUUUAGCAAACAGUGGAAUUGGUGGAAAAACUCUGAUUUUGUACAGAAAACGUUUUGCGUGCCAGCAUUUAACUCAAAGUUGUAGGUUUUAUCUUUAGAACAAUUCAAACGUAUCUUCAACAUCAAAUCUCAAUUGUUCAGUCCUCAGUCAUAUUGUAUAUGCAGUUGAAGGACAGUAGAAUUUUAAGCUCCUCCCCCUCCCCUCUCUCUUUAUGAACACUCACACUUGCAAUCUUGUCUCAAAUUUCUUGUUUGAUUCCAUUUCUUUAUCUUUAUUCUCCCUCCGAUUUUUUUUUUAAGAAAAAGCAUUUGAAACCUCUAUCCCUAUCCUUCCUCUGUUUUAUUUCUAAAGUAAAGAAGAAGAAAAAUAUUUAUAUUUAAUGUAAUAAUUGGGGUGGAAAGGGUAAAAUCUUUUAAGCAAAUUUUGGCUAAUGGAAGAUAAUAUGCCUGUAUCAAGUCUAGAUCUUCCCUUGCUUCUCAUACAAGUUAUCCUCUAUUACAUUUGAAAUACUGAUGCUAUUUUGAUUUGAGGAAAACGUGUAGUUGCCUGUUCAUUCAAGCUUUAAAAUUCUAAUGAAAGAUUUAAUGUGUUCUCUGUAAAGUGCAUGAAUGUUAACUUUCUAAAUUAAACUCUUAACUUUUCUUUCUCUUUUUAAAAUGAUAAGAGUAGAAUGUGAACCAAUUACCAUGUUAUUUUACACUCUACCAGAUUUUUUCAUUUUCUUGGGAAUAAAUAGUGCCAAUUUAUACUCUUAUUUUGCUUAAAACCUGGGGAACCAAAACCAGUCAAAUCCCUAUUUAGAGCAAAGAAAAAUUAUUUGACACUUCCCUGGACUUAAACACAUGAAUGAUUAGUGUCCAUUAAAGUGUCUCUUUAAAGUUACCAAGAGUUUCAUUGCCCCAUUGUCCAUUACUUUUCCAUGUUGAAAAUUGCAUUAUUCCUUUUAAACUACUUUCGAAUUCUACUUUGAAAUGAUAAUUGAUCUAGAAGCCUCAUUUUUUAUAAUGUCUGUAAUCGAUCCAUUCAUUGAGCAAGUUGUCGCAGUGCCAUACAAGUGCGAUCAGACUUUGCACAAAAGUCUUUAUUUUUGACUCUGAAAGUUCCCUGUCUUGAGCUAUUGCCAUGACACUUAAGCACCAGGAAAUCGUUCUCUAGUUCUAACUACCCAAGUGCAGAAGAACAACUUUUGAUUUUGAAAAACAACGUUUUCAAGAAGCAAUUGAUAUUUUGAAGAGGUGAAACUCAGUAAUCUGUUUCCUUCCAUUAGCUAAAAUUCCUGACAGGAACUGAUCUAGCCCAAAUCUAUGAGCGCCUGUAGGUGUAAGACCUUCGAGAGAUUAGAGGUGUAUUUUUGACUCCUAAAGAUGAAAUCCUUUUGGUGUCCAUCGGUCCUUUUGCCUCCUUUUAAUAAGACUUAGGUUUGGUGAGGUAAUUGCUUAUCAAUACCCACUCUUUUUAUCGUGCAUUGGUCCCAUUUUAUGUAUCCAAUCCUCAGAUUAUUGUGAGAUUUCAAUGUGCAAUAGAUGAAAGGUAAUCUGAGGUGGGGGACAAACAACUGAGGAAAAAUCCAACACAAAUUAAACUCAGUGUGCAAAGAAAGUCUUUGAUAAUAAUCUUAAGUUAGAUUUGACUUAGCGUAAAUGUAAAUUUAUUGGUUGUUGCUUAAUUUUAUCAAAUUUUAUGAACUAUUUUACUUAUAAUUUUUUCUAAAAUUAUUAUUCUUAUUGUGUUUUUAGUUCUAUAUUAAAAGUUGAUAUGAAGAAAAAAGUAAAUUAAAGAGAAAUAAAUUGAUGUUUUCCACUGUC